ACGGCCAUGACCACAGAUUUUCACGCCUGGAAAGAAGUGAUUUUUUUUUUUUUUUUACGUAUCACAGCCUGAACCCCGAUGCGAAGUUUAUCGGCGAAAAGACGAACAGAAAGGCGCCCGGGCUUUGGAGAUGUGUACUACCCCAGACCCAGCUGUGCCCCUGGACCGAGUCUGUCCGGCGACCCCCGCACAUUCACGAGAACCAGAGCUGAUUUAGAUGAAUGAGCCAAAAAUGAAGAAGACUCUUGGGUUGUAGUUUCUCUGAGACGUCGCUGAUACCCUUAAAACAAUGUCUGUCUCCACGGUUUUGGCAAAGGCGCUGUUCGACAACGCAGCGGAGAGCCCGGAGGAGCUGGCUUUCAGGAAAGGAGACAUCCUAAUGGUUCUCGAACAGGAGCAGAGCGGCGGGCCAGGCUGGUGGCUCUGCUCCCUUCACGGCAGACAGGGCAUCGCCCCUGCCAACCGCCUUCGACUCCUCCAGACCGCCCCUCCUCCGGGCUCGGACCCCGGUCUUGGUCCCGCUGAGGACUCGGUCUACCUCACACCUGGACUGGCACGGACCGCUGUGAGCAGCAGUGCAGAGGACAUAGAUGGAGUGUACCGUUCUCCCCCUGCUGUGGGCGAGGGACGAGGAACUGGAGCUGCCUCCAGAACUGGGGAGCUACGCAGAGUGGAGGCUGGACGUCCGCGUUCGCAUUCCAGCUCAGGCACACGACCCAGACCCGAAUGGGAUCUCGGGGUGGCGGGGCGUCCUCGCUCACCCUCUUUGAGAGGAAGAGGGACAGAAAUGACUGGCACACUUUAUCAGACUCCAGUUAGUCCAAUGCCUCUAAGGCAACAGGGAUCUCUCACGGCUUCAGAGUCCGUGUACCUCGCCCCCAUUGGAGUACCCAGGGCGGCUGAUGAACCAGAAGACACUACAUAUCUGGUCCCAAGAGAGACAAUAGGACAGUCAGAUGACUGUUACCUGGUGCCCAAAGGGACACCACUUGCAGGUGAUGAAGUUUACCAAUCCCCCACAGGAGGAGUCGUCUGCUCCAACGGCCCCUCGAUGGUAAGCGGAUCGUCUGGUACCCCAAAGCCCAAAGUCAGCCAGGACACUCCUGGGAUGUACCAAACCCCCACCCCUGUUGGAUCAAACCUUCACCGGACUCCAGCCACAGUUUUAGCCCACCAGCACCCAUCGUCUUUAUCCCCUGCCCAAGCAUCUCCCAGACCUCUGCAGAAGGGAGUCUCCCCAAACCCUAAUGUUUCCAGGGGAAAACCCGGCCUGGCCUGUCACCGAGGGUCCCCUUUGUUGGUAAGAGCGGGGCAGGGCAGAGUUCCCGGGUCGCCCAAUUUUACCCGCAAACCGCCUCCACCAGCACCUCCGGUGAGGGGAGUCACCAGGAAGGACGCGCAACAAACACAAGCUGCACCAGCUGAUUCUAACUCCGUGCCUACACCCUCGGCUCAAGUCUCCUCUGCGAGCCUGCUGCAGCAAGAAGCAGACAAACAGAGGACGGCCGCUCAGAAUAAAGAGGAAAGGAUGAAUGGCCUGGAGAAGAGCAACAAUGUGCAGAACAAAAAAGGAGAAAGUCAGGAUUACUCAGACGAUGUGGACGACCAGGUGUAUGAUACCCCUCCCAGUGGCAGGUGGCAGCGUCCUGUCCCGUCUGCCCUUGGGGACGACGACGGCAUCUACGACACCCCUCGCAGUGUCCCACCGCAAGCGGACUCUGAGAAUGAGGUGUACGAUGUCCCCACCAUCUCCCUAAAUGGGUCCAUAUCCGAUGUCCAGGCCGAGGAAGGUGAUGACGAAGUAUACAGUGUCCCCACGCUUCCGGGUGUUCCUCUGGGUCCCGGGGAGUCCAUGACCAGCCUCCCCGGAGAGGAAGUCACCCAGGUCGCGCAGCUUUACCGAGUCCCUGGACCCGACAAACGCGCCAGCGGAGGAAGUCACAGAAGAGACUCUUCUGAGCCUGACUGCGGCAUCUACGACAUGCCCGCUUUGACUUCUGAAAUCCUUCCUCACUCGCUGUCGUCCUCCUCCACCUCCACCCGCCGCCUCUCUGUUUCCAGCAACGGUUCGGGGGACGUGCAGUGGCGGGCGUCUCUCUCCAGCCUCAUCCACUCUGUGCUGAGCGUGGCCUCCUGCCCGCCUUCUGCUCUGUCCUCUCGGGACCUGGCCACCUCACUGGCUGAAAUCUUGUCCACCUGGAAAGCGAACCAUUCGGACGAUCCCCCGCCCCCUCUCCAGCAAGCGUGGGCUCGCCUGUCGGACCUUCUGCCGGCGUUAUCCGCCGUCGGCAACGCUCCCCCGUCUGAAGGACUCUUGCUGCUGGUCCAACGCUCCCUCGAGGAGAGUGCCCUCCUCCUGCAGGCUCAGGGCCGCCCCCGUCUGCCUUCCCAAGAUUCCUUGUCCCGCCGGCCGCUGCCCGCGCUUCCUGUGCCUGACGGGAAGUCCUCGGGAGGUGGGAUGGGCUCCCGUAAAGGAAGCUGGAUACAGGAGAGGCCCCUGCCCCCGACCCCUCAGCCUGCCUUCCCCUUACCUCCAUCGACUGUGACAUUGACAGUGGGGCCGGUCGAUGGAGAAGACGACCCAAGCAAUGAAUAUGCGGGGAUCGGCUUGACCCCAAUCCCUGCACCCGUACCUACUGGAGACAGUGUUGGAUAUGUCAAACUGCAGGGUAAACCUGAGCCCCCGCCUGACAGCCUGACUGAGCACGGACAAACUAUCACUGCAGAGCUCAGGCUGAGCCCAUCCCCCGCUCUCCCCAUGUCCCUCUCCCUGGAGGACUCGGAGCUGCUCUCCUUCUACUCGUCUCAGAGCCUCGCUCACCUCUCCUGCCUGGCAGACGCCAUCGACGUGCUCUUCAGCAGCGUGCAGGGGAACCAGCCUCCCCGCAUCUUCGUCGCCAGAGGGAAGAGUCUCAUCGUGACGGCGCACAAGCUGGUGUUUAUCGGCGACACGCUGUCUCGACUUCUCACCUCUGCCGACCUCAGAGCCAAGAUCACGACCUCCGGGGGGCGACUCUGCCAGGCCUUAAAAGCAGUCGUGGUGGCAACGAAGGGCGCCGCACAGAACUACCCGUCAGUAUCUGCUACCCAGGAGAUGGUGGACCGCGUGGCUGAGCUCUCCCAGCAAGCGGCCGGCUUCUCCACUCUGCUACAGCGUCUGGCAGAAAUAGCAUCGUGAUGUUUUAUGUCCCUCAACGUAAAAACAAACAAACUUUGUUUACACUACACACAUAUUUUCUCUUCUCUUAGAAAUGCCUUAUUUGUUGUACGAGUCUUUCAUUACCUUCGGUUGGAUUGGGAUUAAGCAAGCUAUUUUGCUGUUACUAAACUGGGAUUUGACUGUCCAGUCCUCAAAGUGUGUGUUGGUUUGCCUUUUUGUUUAUAUACUGACCUCUGUGCUUUGAUGCCGGGCACACUUGUCUUUCUUUUGAGUGUUAACUUAUUGAAUAUUUGAAGCUUCCCUGUGGCUUUGAGUGUCCUCGCGGACUGUUUAUCUUGGGAGCUUUGCUUUAUUAUGUUUGCCAUAUUUUCCUCUCCUCACAUGAUACCCUGUUUUUUCCUUCCUUCCUUUAUUUAUUCAGCCAUCCCCCCUCUUCUAAAAAUAGCACAGACGGAGGCCUUACAUCCUGGUUGUGGCCUACUUUUUUUUUUGUGCUGUGAUACCUGAAAGGCCUUUUGUUUUGUUUUUUAACAUUCUGAGGCUGUGGAAGCAGCACAUUGAGUGUUCAGGGGCUCAAAAUGGAAUAAGGAUGGAGGAGGAGGAAGUUUGCUCGACUUCCGUUCUUAACUGUGCAACUAUUUGUUUUGUCUGUGCAGUACGACAUUCUCACUAAUAGCAAAAGAUGAACAGCAGACUACAGCAUAUCGUACCCCCAAUCAAAACCGUUCACUACAUAAUCACUUUGCAGUCUGACACGCCUCGUCACGAGAAGUGAAACUCCUGUCGUACAGAGGAGACGCAGAUGACAGAUACCGUGACAAAUUGCCUAAUCCCAGUCGUUCCCACAGUCCCAUGGUGGCCUCGUGCUGGAAACGAAACCUGUUGACCCAGCUCACCUGUCUGCACACGUCUUGUUGUGAUCUGCAUGCUUACAUUUCUUUGCUUCUCAUCCUCUUCUUUUUCCCCCCACGAUAUGUGCGUCCCCUGUCAACAGCACAAACCUGCUCUGAUGCUGUAACAUUUGUGCUGUGCGGAGCGUACAGUGAACACUACUACGGCUGGGUGAAAAACAUAAUUAAUGUAGAGCACGGCAGUGGAAAACAGUUCCCUGUACUGAACGUUUCCAUAUUACAUGACUUUACACUUUCCUUGUCGAGAUAAAUAUUUGAUGUAACCCAUUUACCCAGCCCUGGUUUAAACUUUAACAUGAAGCAUCACGUUCUGGUUGAUCGGGACGGCUGAAGUUUGAAUUUUAAAUCCGACCAAUGAGAUGCCUGCUCACCAGCUCAGACGACAGUAUCUUAUCUGUUGUGUACUGUUUUCAUUCAUACCAUAGGAAUAAACACAGGCGCUCUGCAAAGUUGGAUUAUAUUCAUUUCCUUGAGAUUUUUUUUUAAGGUUUUAUUUUCAAUAUCAGGAAAAUGCAUUCUUCUCUUCUCAGUUUUGUGUCUGAGUUUAAAUCAUUCUUUCUUUCUGCUGUUACGUUUUAUCUGCAACAGUGCCACCUUGUGGGGAUUUGAAGUAUUACUCAUUGAACGUCUGCCUACCAUUACAGGCCCUGUACUGUUUGUAUGGAGAGAGAGCAUGCUCAGCAAAAAAAAAACCCUUUAGCUCUAUAUUUAUUGAAGUCACUUUUUAUGUCCUUUGUUUUCCAGUGUGCAUGGCUUUAAUUUGCUUUAAGUGAACAUAUGCACAUCCUUCAUCAGGGGUGACUUUACUUGGACAUUUGCAACGAACAAAAAUGUUUUUUUUUUUCUUUACAAAAUGUUACGUUACAGUUCAAAUAUAUGGCUGUAUUUUCUUUUUUUUUUACCAGAAAGCUUUUUAUACUAUGUGAACUCAGUUGAGUCGGGAUUUGCUGAGGUAUAGAAGUGCAUCUUUGACUUUUCUCCUACAGUAAACAGACCUUUAAGUUCCUUACCUAUAACACUACAUUUGAUGUCUGUCUUGUAUUCAUGUUCAUAAUGCACAAAUACAUCUUUUGCAAUUAAACAAAAUGUGUUUUGA